AUGGAGAAUUAUAACUAUGGAUAUGGAGAUGCUCCGUAUUAUGGUUAUGAUUCUGAAUAUGGAGACUAUCCUACAUAUCAAGAAGAUCCAUACUCUUGGAACAAUUCGUCUUCUAAUUCUUACUCUAGUUGUGAUUAUCAAGGAUAUUCAUUUGAUGCUGGGUAUAAUUCUGGUUUUGGGAGCGCGUAUAUGAGUCCUAAUAUGUUGUCAUGUUUGGAGAGAAUUGAUAAAUUGCUGGAUGACAUCGAGAAGAAAAAUGCUUCAUAUUUCUCUCAAGAGGAUUGUUAUCACUCAAAUGCAUCCGUAUAUCAACUACCACCUCCUAAACCCACUCUAAGAGAGUUAGCAGCUCGUCGACCUACUCUAAGAGAGUUAGUAGCUCGUCAACCUACUCUGAGAGAGCUAGCAGCCUUACAGUCAUCACCUUGUCAACCUACUAUGAGAGAGUUAGCAUCUUUGUAUCAACAGCCACCUGCUCAACCUCAACUUAGUGUUAGAGAGGCAGCUCUUCGAGAUUGGCAAAGUGAAAAAGGUCAACAACUUAUUAAAGAAGUCAACCAAUAUAGGAUGAGUGUGGGGUUGCCGGAAUAUGAUCCUAUAGGAAAUUUGCUUAAAUUGAAUAAGAAUGAGAAGAUUUCUGCAGAUGAUUCAUUGGUCCAGUCUCCCCAACCACCAUCUCAAACUGAGCUUGAAUGUGAAGAAUUAGAAGAGACCGAAGAGAUUACAAGUCCAGAUAUUCCAAGUUCUCCUGAUUCUUCUGGUAUAUACAUAGUAGUUAAGCAUGAUUCGCUCAUUCUGAGAGUUGGUGACAAAAAUGUGGAUCAAGUUGAUUUUGAUGAGAAUAACAUUCCUAUAGUUUCAAAAGAAGGGUUUGAAGUAGACACAUGUGGUGAGGUUGUCCCUGGUAUAAGAGAUUUUGAGGAUGAUGUGAAAAAUGGUUCAAUGAAAGACCAAGAAGAGGAUCAAUGGUACAAGAUUGAAUUUGAGAAAGAGGAUGUUGUAGUGUUGGAGUAUAAGUUUAUAUUUUCUCAUAGAAAGGAGAACCACUACAAGAGAUUCAUUGUUGCUGUUGAACAUGGUUUCUUCUGGUAUCGAGAUGGUAAGUUUGUGGGAGGGGUGUUGGCGGAUGCUUCUGAGGUUUGGUUAAAUUUAAUGAGGGAAAAAGGAAGAGCAUUCAAUGUUGAUGCUAGCCCAUUGAGAGGUGAGGAAUUGGCAACCAUCAGCGGAGAGUCCUCAGGCCCGGAUUUUGGAGUUAUCAUGGAGAAUUAUAACUAUGGAUAUGGAGAUGCUCCGUAUUAUGGUUAUGAUUCUGAAUAUGGAGACUAUCCUACAUAUCAAGAAGAUCCAUACUCUUGGAACAAUUCGUCUUCUAAUUCUUACUCUAGUUGUGAUUAUCAAGGAUAUUCAUUUGAUGCUGGGUAUAAUUCUGGUUUUGGGAGCGCGUAUAUGAGUCCUAAUAUGUUGUCAUGUUUGGAGAGAAUUGAUAAAUUGCUGGAUGACAUCGAGAAGAAAAAUGCUUCAUAUUUCUCUCAAGAGGAUUGUUAUCACUCAAAUGCAUCCGUAUAUCAACUACCACCUCCUAAACCCACUCUAAGAGAGUUAGCAGCUCGUCGACCUACUCUAAGAGAGUUAGUAGCUCGUCAACCUACUCUGAGAGAGCUAGCAGCCUUACAGUCAUCACCUUGUCAACCUACUAUGAGAGAGUUAGCAUCUUUGUAUCAACAGCCACCUGCUCAACCUCAACUUAGUGUUAGAGAGGCAGCUCUUCGAGAUUGGCAAAGUGAAAAAGGUCAACAACUUAUUAAAGAAGUCAACCAAUAUAGGAUGAGUGUGGGGUUGCCGGAAUAUGAUCCUAUAGGAAAUUUGCUUAAAUUGAAUAAGAAUGAGAAGAUUUCUGCAGAUGAUUCAUUGGUCCAGUCUCCCCAGCCACCAUCUCAAACUGAGCUUGAAUGUGAAGAAUUAGAAGAGACCGAAGAGAUUACAAGUCCAGAUAUUCCAAGUUCUCCUGAUUCUUCUGGUAUAUACAUAGUAGUUAAGCAUGAUUCGCUCAUUCUGAGAGUUGGUGACAAAAAUGUGGAUCAAGUUGAUUUUGAUGAGAAUAACAUUCCUAUAGUUUCAAAAGAAGGGUUUGAAGUAGACACAUGUGGUGAGGUUGUCCCUGGUAUAAGAGAUUUUGAGGAUGAUGUGAAAAAUGGUUCAAUGAAAGACCAAGAAGAGGAUCAAUGGUACAAGAUUGAAUUUGAGAAAGAGGAUGUUGUAGUGUUGGAGUAUAAGUUUAUAUUUUCUCAUAGAAAGGAGAACCACUACAAGAGAUUCAUUGUUGCUGUUGAACAUGGUUUCUUCUGGUAUCGAGAUGGGUACUCUGACUGA